UCGGCGCGGGCCGCGGCGCGCGUCUUCCCUCCCGAGGCUGGUUUAGCGCUUGUUUCGGUCGCCCGCCCGCCCGCCAUGAGCAAGAGGAACCAGGUGUCGUACGUGCGGCCCGCCGAGCCCGCCUUCUUGUCCCGCUUCAAGGAGCGAGUCGGCUACAGGGAGGGGCCCACCGUAGAGACCAAGAAAAUCCAGCCCCAACUCCCGGAUGAUGACGGUGACCACAGUGACAAGGAAGAUGAGCAGCCUCAGGUAGUAGUUUUAAAAAAGGGAGACCUAACAGCUGAAGAAGUCAUGAAAAUCAAAGCAGAAAUAAAGGCUGCCAAAGCAGAUGAAGAACCACCCCCAGCUGAUGGGAGAAUCAUGUAUAGAAAACCAGUCAAGCGUCCCUCAGAUGAAAAGUGUUCAGGUUUAACAGCAAGCUCCAAAAAAAAGAAGACAAAUGAAGAUGAUGCAAAUAAGCAGAAUUCAGUUAGAAAGAACUCACAAAAACAAAUAAGAAAUAGUAGUCUCCUUUCUUUUGACAAUGAAGAUGAAAAUGAGUAAGUAUAAACAUUGUGGACUUGGUUUCCUUUGAUAGCAAUGAGGUAUUUUUUAAAACAGUGAUUUUCCUAUAUCCUAAAGUGACAUUUUCCCCCGAGUAGUACAGGUUUAUUACAGAAAGCUUCAAAAAUAUAGGAACAAAUUCAUGAGAGAGAUAAAACCCAUCCAAUAAUGCCCCUUUGACUGGAAAGGCUCGACAUUCACUACUGUUAACAUUACCUCCCACCUGUGGGUCUGUAUAUAUGUAAAUUAUAUUUUUAAACAAAACUGA